AUGAUGAUGUUCACGACCAGCUUUAUCCCCAACUCCUCUCUAUAAGCAUUGUCAGAUCUCACAUGUGGCCGUGACCGACGUCGGAACGCGCAAGUAGAUAACUUGAGAAAGUAUGGGGGGGGGGGUUUAGGGAAGAAGGGGGAUUGAUAUUGCCUCGAGUCCCUCUAUCAGAAGGGUUCGUAAUCGAGUGCGCAGAAGUAUCCCACCGGCGCUCGAAAAUGGCGGCUUCAGUAGACAACACACUAAUAAAGAGAAACCCCACCUUCCUCCUUACUCGCCUUCAUUUCCAUCCAUGCUGGGCUGAGAUGUGGAAACCGACAUGGUCGCUAUCUCGUUCGAGAGUGCAGAGAGAUCAACUCCGUUCAACUAAGAUAAGUGGACUUAGACCUCAUCAAUCGCAUCUCUGGAACUUUAGGUUCGACUGUGCUCACUGUAGAUAUGACGAUGAGGUAGCCACGAUGUGCUCCCACGGUUUCCGUACCACGGCGCGUGUCAUUCGCGCACAGCGAAGGCUGGUCAGUAGAGGAGUGAGUGCAAGAGGAGAGAAUGGAACAUCGAGAGCGACCAUGUCAGGGUCCGUCGUCGAGAUCCAUAUCGGUGCGCAUCGUUGGUUCACCCAAGACAACUUCCUCUUCCAUACGAAGUGCUUUCUUUUGGCUUCUCUCACCCAUUCAAUGCUCGGAGAUCGCAUCGCGGUUCCAUAGGCGGAAUCGCGCCCCACGUAGGACAAUGAACUACAAAGGUCCCAAGAGAAGAAAGAAGAAAAGGGGGAAGACGACGCAAAGAAGCCAUCCUGGCUUGCAAAAGGCGGUCGAUAGUCGAGAGGGC